GGAGCCGGCGCUGCAGCAGAGUAUGAGAGCAGACGGUCACAAGAAAAGAACUGGGAAUGCUGCUGUACUGGCCGGAGAAAGAGAGUACCCUCAAGAUUUAGUAGAAUGACAGAGUGCAGAAGUACAGACAGUGCAGGAUAUGCAACAGUGACUCUGAGAGGUUUAGCACGUGCUACAAGGCUGCUUUGAAUUCAUUAAUUGGCUUCUCGCUGCACCUUCACUGCUGUAGGAUCGCACAAUUCCCAUACCAUGUGAUGACGGCUCACAAAGAUCCCUGGAUCAUUCAGCCGAGACAGGGAAGGAGAAAGCAGGCAACACUAAGAAGACACUCAGGAUGUUCUCUUCUCUUCAUCUCAUCCCUUAUGGCUACUCCACCCAUUCCUUCAGCAAACAGUGCUUACACGGUGCUUGACAGGAGUGGAGUGCUUACUUUUUUUUAGAGAGGUGUUUUACCUUGACCACCUACAGGACUUGGACAGGAAUACUGAGGACAACAGCAGCCCACCAGAUCGGAUUGGACCUGCCAUUCUACUCUCCAUGGCAUCAGAAUUGUCUGAGCCAGGAAUUGUACGGUUUCCUGGAAGCAAACGCAUGCAUAUCUUUCAUCCAAAUGAAAUGUUUUCCUUGGAUGAAUUAGAGUAAACCCACAUGAGAAACAGUUAUCAAUGAAAAGACUUCAAUAUGAGGAUUUACCACAAUGAGUUUCAAAUUCCACAUAAAAGGCAGCUGAAAGACCCUUGUGCUACAAAUUGUUUGUUAUUUUUACUCUACUACUACUAUGGAAUAACCCCUUGACAUUCUUUGUUGACAUGCUUGUCGUUAAGUUGCCUUAACGUUUUAUUUACGCACACUGUCUAUAUAGAGGUUUUACUGCAUAAAGCACCUUCCAUGGAAUAGUAGACCAGAGAAGAUGUUAUUUGUGCCACUUUGGAUAGACUUCUUGCUGCUGAGAUGCUUGGAGCACAUUUAUGUAGUGAAGGUAUGUAAGUAGAGGGCAUAAUAGCUACCCAGAGGGCCAAAAAAGUGCUUUUUAUUUCCAAGAGAGGGAAGCCAGCCGAACCACACCUUCGCUUAAAUGAAGACCGGCCGCAAUUGCACAGGAAGGGAGAAAAAAAUGAUGCACGUCAACAACUUCCCGUUCCGAAGGCAUUCUUGGAUAUGCUUUGACGUUGACAAUGGCACGUCGUCAGGACGGAGUCCCCUGGAUCCCAUGAUGAGUCCAGGUUCAGGCCUGAUCCUUCAGGCCAACUUCGUGCACAGCCAGCGGAGGGAAUCAUUCCUGUACCGCUCCGACAGCGACUAUGACUUGUCACCAAAGUCCAUGUCCCGAAACUCCUCCAUCACCAGUGAAAUGAAUAACCACCUGCAGAGGCCGGGCCUGGUCUCUCGGAGAUCUGAGCCGGUUAUUAGUGGAAAUCAUGGCGAUGACCUCAUCGUUACACCGUUUGCACAGGUGCUGGCUAGUUUGCGGACGGUAAGGAAUAACUUCGCAGCGUUAACGAACCUCCAGCAAGAUCGAACGUCCAACAAGCGAUCACCAAUGUGUAAUCAACCACCUCUCACAAAGGCCUCUUUUACAGAGGAGGCCUACCAGAAGCUGGCCACUGAGACCCUGGAGGAACUGGACUGGUGCCUGGACCAACUGGAGACCUUGCAGACCCGACACUCGGUCAGCGAGAUGGCCUCAAACAAGUUCAAGCGGAUGUUGAACAGGGAGUUAUCGCACCUAUCUGAGAUGAGCAGAUCUGGUAACCAGGUCUCAGAGUUCAUCUCCAGCACAUUUUUAGACAAACAGCAUGACGUUGAGAUGCCCUCCCCUCAGACCCAGAAGGAGAAGGAGGAGAAAAAAAAGAAGCCCAUGUGUCAGAUCAGUGGCGUGAAAAAACUAAUGCACAGCACCAGCCUCACCAACUCCAACAUCCCUCGCUUUGGGGUCAAAACGGACACUGAGGACUCCUUAGCCAAGGAAUUGGAGGACGUAAACAAAUGGGGCCUUAAUGUUUUUAACGUCACCGAGUUUUCAGGCAACAGGCCUUUAACAGUGAUGAUGUACACCAUAUUUCAGGAGAGAGACUUACUCAAAACAUUUAAAAUUCCCUUGGACACUUUUAUAACGUACCUGAUGACCUUAGAAGAUCAUUACCAUGCAGAUGUUGCGUAUCACAAUAAUAUUCAUGCAGCUGAUGUCACCCAGUCCACACACGUCCUGCUCUCCACGCCUGCUUUGGAGGCGGUUUUCACAGACCUUGAAAUUCUUGCUGCCAUUUUUGCCAGUGCAAUUCACGACGUAGACCACCCAGGUGUCUCAAACCAGUUCCUUAUUAACACCAACUCAGAGUUGGCGCUCAUGUACAAUGAUGCAUCUGUGCUGGAAAACCAUCAUCUCGCCGUCGGCUUCAAACUCCUGCAGGAGGAGAACUGUGACAUCUUCCAGAACCUCAACAAAAAACAGAGACAAUCGCUGCGCAAGAUGGUCAUAGAUGUCGUCUUAGCUACUGAUAUGUCCAAACACAUGAACCUGCUGGCCGAUCUGAAGACAAUGGUGGAGACGAAGAAGGUCACCAGUUCUGGCGUGUUGCUCUUGGAUAACUAUUCGGAUAGGAUACAAGUGCUACAGAACAUGGUCCACUGUGCGGAUCUCAGUAACCCCACCAAACCGCUGCAGCUGUACAGACAGUGGACGGAUCGUAUCAUGGAGGAGUUCUUCAGUCAGGGAGACAGAGAGAGAGAGCGAGGGAUGGAGAUCAGCCCCAUGUGUGACAAACAUAACGCAUCAGUUGAGAAGACUCAGGUGGGCUUCAUCGACUACAUUGUCCAUCCACUGUGGGAGACGUGGGCCGACCUCGUACACCCGGACGCCCAGGACAUCCUGGACACGUUAGAGGACAACAGAGAGUGGUACCAGAGCACCAUUCCUCAGAGCCCGUCUCCCACUCUGGACCAGCCCGAAGAGGGCAACCGCUCUGGCGGGGCUGAGAAGUUCCAGUUCGAACUGACCCUAGAAGAGGACAUUGAGUCCGAUACGGAGAAGGACAGCGGCAGCCAGGCCGAGGAGGAAGAGGAGGAGGACAACAGCUGUAGUGACUCCAAAACAAUCAUCACACAAGACUCGGAAUCCACAGAGAUACUGGAAGCCGAGGAGGGCAUUUCUGAGGAAGUUUCCAUGGAACCUAGCAUGGUAGAGGACGAGGACGAGGAGGAAGACGAGCAGCCUGCAGACACAUAGCGUGAACUGAAUGCCAUGAUGGCACAAAACUUGAAAUAUGUAAUAAUUUACUGUAAAAUUGAGUUCCAAAGCGCACGUUGCACUCCGAGACCUCGGCCUCCCUCUUUCUGUGUCUCAUUCUGUCUCUCUACGAGCUGCCUGGAGACGAGAGGACAUUAAGACUUCAGUAGGAUGACAUUUUAUUUGCACUCAGGAAUAAUAUUUAGUCCUCUUGAUUUUUCUAACUUUUUGUUUACCUUCGCCCGGCACACGUCUAACGAUGUCUGUUGACACUCCUCCUCCCGCUCUUCUCUCUGGUUCUCCCGUGCCAGGUCAUGUGACCGUAAGGAGGGCCAUUACUGUAGACGCCCGCUGCACAAAGAAAUUGGAGGAGAGUUCUCCCACAAAAACAACACCAGCCCUGGCCAGCGGGAAAAACAUAGAAAGGAGCGCAUUUCCUUGGAUUUCAGAGACCUUUUUUCUACGUUUUGAGUCUUCCUAAACAUUGACUGAAACAAAACACAAAAAAAAACAACCUGUUGCUGUCAUGGCCUCUUGGAUGAUUUUGUACGGUAUACAUAUAGAUUUUUAUGUUACUUUUAAUAACAAAACAGCAACUGUUGUGUUUUCAAGGAACCUUAACGUGAAGGGUAACUUGCAAGUACGCAACGUGACGGUCGCCCUGCGUCAGGUUGUAUGUUUGCAUCAUACAUCACUGCUGUGUCGCACAAACCCUCUCCUUUCGUAUUUAAGAAGGCAUAUGUCAUUUUUUAUUUAUUUUGUAAAACACUUACCUCCAAUGAGCCUUUUAAUACAGUUCACCUACAAAUGCUAUAUAUAUAUAUAUAUAUAUAUAUAUAUAUAUAUAUAUAUAUAUAUAUAUAUAGUGCAUUUUAUCUUGUUUCAGAGCAAUGAUUUUGGUAACACUUAAAAGUGAAGGUAUUCUUAAAUCGUAGGGAUGUCAUGAUUAUACGGUUUCACAAAUAAAAAUGUAAAAUAAAAUAAAGUUAAUUUAACCACAAACGUUUCAAAUCUAUGGUUAAAACCCAUUAAAUGUUUUAUUUACACGUGGCAAAAAUAUCCAUAUAUAAAAUUGAGUUUUUUUGGUGUUAGCUUAAAUGUGUGGCUUUUAUGAUGUUAUGGACAGUUUCCACGUGGUGCUUGACCAAAUAUCGCGGACUGAGCUUGAACUUUCAAUUCAUAUGAAACUGGAGCUACACACAAACUCCAAAAUAUUACAGAAGAAUUCAAUCUACUAGACUCAUAUCCACUAUAAAGCAACUUAAAUCGGCUGUUUGGGAGCAUUUGAAUGACUGAGGGUUACUGAACAAAACAAAGGUACAAAUUGGACGGGAUGUAGUUACAACAUCAAACUAGUGACUUGAAUAUUUUUAUAGCUGUGGUGCUUUAAAAGGGAUAAAUUGAGAUAUACAACUUUGCUUAAAUUGUCAAAAAAAUAAUCAUAAAUCCGAUUAACCUCGAUUGUUUUUUUCAUCAGACGGUAAUCUAACCAUCAAAAACUCACACCGUGGCAUCCCUAUUAAUGCAUUCAUAAUGCCUCAUAAGUGUUCACAUGAAUAAACUGGGCAAUUAUCACAAAUCACAAAACUAAAUAUUUUAUUUACUAAAUAUUCAUGGUUACACCUCUAAAGAGUAUAUAAUGGAUAACACAAUUAUAUAACACAUGAAAUUGGUGGUUGAACAUGUGUUUUAAUGAAUGAUAUAUUUUAAAGGUAUAACUAUGAAUAUGUAAGUAUUAUAAUUGUUGUUUGAUAAUUCUAAUGAAACGUGUCCAGAAAAUGUCCUUUGAAAGUGUAACUUUUAUCAUAAUGCUGAAACUAUUACUUUAUAGGUCAAAAGUACGUGUUGAGCAAUGCCUUUCGAAAUAUGAUUACGCGAGCUGUUGGUGUGGCAUGAUUUCAUUGUUUGUUUAAUGUUUUGAUUCAUCCCAUUAGAUCAGAGAUUUUCUCUUAGGGCUAGAUGCAGUUUAGCGUCAAUUCAGCAUUCGCGCAUUUCAUGCCAAAAUUUCCCUCCCUGCACUAUGCGACACGCAGUGAUCAGUGGCUUUUAAUAAUGAAUUAUUAUUUAUAUGUGUAAAUGGUUUUAUUUAUUACAUUGCUGUUUUGCUUCUGUUUGAAAGCAGUACUGUAGACCAUCAACUGUAGCGCAGAGCGUGUGGACUUGCAAGUUACUAAAAACUACUGUCUUUUUUGCCGUGUACAUAGAACAAACCUUUUUAAAAGCUGUAGGAAAUAUAACAUGCUCACAGAAACUUGAACUCUGACUUUUUAGUAGUACUGAUUUUGUUAUAUAUAUAUAUAUAUAUAUAUAUAUAUAUAUAUAUAUAUAUAUAUAUAUAUAUAUAUAUAUAUUGUUUUUAUUUUUUUAAGUUUGUGCCAUUAUAUUUCUUUCCUCACCAGAUGACCUUACCUAAUUGUGGAUUUUAUUUUUCUCACUGUUUACAACAAUAUAUUUAUUUUCCUGUAUAUAUUGUAAUGUUUGUUGUAAAUGAUGACAGAUUCAAAACUUCGUCCCGAAUGAUGGAGUUGAUGUAUUUGUAAACUCUUGCUGAGAGAAUGUUUAUUAUUAUAAAUAAUAUUCAGUGUAAAAAAGAAAAACAAGAAUUUUCUGUAUAAAAUUGAAAAUGGGGGGGAAAAGGACUUUCAAGCUUGUUUAUGAAAAACUGUGUGGAAAUCCAAACAGUACGAGAGAAGUUGCCACUGGCGUUUGGCCCCAGGGCUGUGCCUUAACGUUAAAACAUCUUUUAUUUGUCUGUCUGUACAUGUUCUGUCUUUUUACCUGUUAGAGAACUGUCCAAAACGAUGUCUAACCCAUUUGCUGCCAGGGUAUCAGGGCAUAUUAUGCGCUGCAUUUAAAGAUAAAGCUUAGGACAUUAGUUUGAUUUAUUUUGUUGGUUUUCAUUUUUAUUUUUUUGGUCCAAAAGUGGCACAUAGUGAACACUGCUGUCAUUGCGUUGGUUUUGGAUGCCAUAUGCAAUGCAGUGGAUGCAAUAGACUGUCAGAUCUGCAUUGAAAUCGUUCAGUUUGCCCUAGAGGUGCUUGGCUGCUUGUAAUCUUCUAUUUCCAUGCUGUUCUUCAACUUCGUUCAGGUACCGUCUGCUACCUUCGUCUCAUCCAGCCUUGUAGAUGUGCUUGUGCACUGAACAGUUUCAGAUGUUUAAAUAAAUAAGCAUAUUUUCUGACACGUAUACUGUAGAUUUUAGCAGCCCUGGACCAAAGCCAAUCGUGGCUAUUAUUAUGUUUAUUAAUUUUUAUUCCUGGUAUUUUUUCAGUAUCAUUACUUUAAUGUUUGAUUAAGUUCUGCUCAUUCAAAACUGAAACUGACUUCUUUCAGUGGAUACUUUUAUCUCUUUGAUGGUACUGUAGAUCCAAAUCCAAUCGAUUUAAAGUCCAUAAACUACAUAUUUUUAUAUGCAACAAAUGAAAUAAAGCAUGGGUUGAU